AUGAUCAAAGAACAAACACCUUUAGUUUACAAAUUUGUCGAUACACCUAUAUCGUCAGUAUUACUUGUCUUCAAACAAUCCAAUCGACAUCUAGUGUAUGCUUCACUCGGUAUCGAUCGAUCUCGUCUAUUUAAAAUUGUAAACAAAGUGUUCCAACAACUGUCAAAGACAACACACGUCACUUAUAAAUUUAUACGGGAUACAGAUGAGAAAUUUGAAACUGAGGCAACUGAGUUCGUUGAGUUAAUGGAUGGUACUCGUUCAAAUACAAAAUGCAUUCAAUGUGAAUAUUUAUUUGGAACAGAAUUUCAAAGAAAAGUAUGGGACCAAUUAGUGGCUAUACCUUAUGGACAAACUCGUAGUUAUGGUCAAAUUGCUUCUGCAUUAGGCGACAUAAAGAAAUCAAGGGCUGUAGGUAGAGCUUGCGGUGCUAACAACAUACCUGUAAUCGUACCUUGCCAUAGAGUACUUGGUGGAACAGGUGAUUACGUAUCUUUCAAAUGGGGGGUUAAAAUCAAGAAAGAGUUACUUGUAAAUGAGGGUUAUAAACCAUUACCAAAUGCUAAAUAA